AGCCGCUCCGCCUCUCGAGCGCCCCUGUGAGCGCCGCUCGCCGGAGCGCGCGGCCCCCUCUCCGCCGCUCCGGGGCCGAGCGCUCGGGCGCAGCGCCGGCGCGGGGGUGCCGGUGCUGCCACCGGGGCUGCCAGGCCGAUGCUCCAGGACGACGCGCUGCUGCGCGAGCUGGAGGACCUGCUGGUUCGGAGGGCCAGGGAGACGGCCAGAGAGGUGCACGCGCUCGUGGCCCGCAGGCUGGAGCAGCCCGCGCGCCCGAGCAGCCUUCUGGCCGCGGGGCCGCCACGGACCGCGGGCGCCGCCGACCACGGAGAGGACGGGCAGCUCAGGGGCAUCGUGGGCCACGCCCGCGAGAUCCGGCGCAUGGUGGACGCCGCUCUGGCCGGGGCGCCGCCCUCGCAGGAGAAGCCGAUCCCGCGGCCGAGCAGGAGCUCCGAGGGCAGGCCGAGGGAGAGCGGCUGCGACGUCCUCGCCAUCCUCCGCGGCGCGCGCAGGCCCUCGAGGGCGCC